CAUAUAGCUUAGUUUAUUUCUCAAAAGGAAGAGAUCCCAAGAUACUGGCAGCAACAUUAACACGUUCAGUUUAAUCACAAACAUCUUCUUUAAAAGGUUGCUAAAUUUUCUUUAGAUAUCGAGAUUUGUAGUACUUCUGAAAACAGAGAUGGGUUAUUUUUAAUCUGUUUAUAGAUACCCAGAAUCUAAUUACUUGGAGAUGUUCCUAAACUGAAGCCGCCAAUAGCUCAUCUGGUACAAGUGGUUCAAAUCCUUGACUGAAAACCGCUUGCAUAUGAGCCACUCGAGUUUUUCAACUGUUAUUCUUUCUUUGUUAGUUAACUUCUCUCUCUAAUCUAACUAUUUUCUCUCUAGAAAUGCAAGUCAAAACUCCAGUUCACCACUUUGUUUCUCUACCAACCACCCACUUGAAACUGCUCUCUCAAUCUUUAACCUCCUUAAACGAAUCAUCUCUUCAUUUUCAGCCCUCUUUUUUACCUUCAAGAGUAUACAUUUUUACACCGAAACAACCACACAGUAGAUUUAUAACACCUUGCAUUGACUCGAGACAGGAACUUGUUGAUGUUAAUGAAGAACGUCCAAGAGAAAGUGGUGGCAAUAACACACCUGUUUCUUCGUCAAAAGAAGAAGAGGAAGUAGUGGUGGCGAAGACAGAUGGAUUGGCAAAACAGAGUUUAUGGAAUCAAAUAAAAGAGAUCAUCAUGUUUACAGGACCCGCCACUGGUAUUUGGAUUUGUGGGCCAUUGAUGAGUCUCAUUGACACUGCUGUUAUUGGUCAGGGAAGCACUCUUGAGCUUGCUGCUUUGGGUCCUAGAACUGUUUUGUGUGAUAAUAUUAGCUACAUAUUCAUGUUUCUUUCCAUUUCAACUUCGAAUAUGGUGGCCACUUCGCUCACCAAACAGGUUAAAAAUGUAGUGCAGCAUCAAAUAUCUAUCUUGCUGUUUGUUGGCUUGGCUUGUGGCUUCUUAAUGAUUCUGUUUACCAAAUUCUUUGGUUUACAGGCAUUAACUGCUUUUGCAGGACCAAAGAAUGCACAUAUUUUACCUGCAGCAAACACAUAUGUUCAGAUUCGAGGCUUAGCAUGGCCAGCAGUUCUUAUUGGUUGGGUUGCUCAAAGUGCAAGUCUUGGCAUGAAAGAUUCCUGGGGACCUUUGAAGGCUUUGGCAGCUUCCAGCGCUGUAAAUGCAAUUGGUGAUGUAGUUUUAUGCACCUUCCUGGGCUAUGGUAUAGCUGGUGCUGCAUGGGCAACAAUGGUGUCCCAAGUUGUUGCCGGUUAUAUGAUGAUUAUGUCUCUAAACAAGAAAGGAUACAAUGGAUUUGCACUCUCUGUUCCAUCACCCAGUGACCUUCUGGAGAUACUUGGCCUUGCUGCUCCAGUAUUUGUAAUGAUGAUGUCAAAGGUGGCCUUUUACACUCUCAUUACGUAUUUCGCUACAUCGAUGGGAACACUCACCUUGGCUGCUCAUCAAGUCAUGGUUCAAACAUUCCUAAUGUGUUCAGUGUGGGGUGAGCCUCUCUCUCAGACUGCACAGUCAUAUAUGCCAGAGUUUUUGUAUGGAAUAACUCGGAAUUUGGCGAAGGCUCGGAUACUGCUAAAGUCACUUGUAAUCAUCGGAGGUAUACUGGGAUUGUUUUUAGCAAUUGUUGGAACAUCUGUACCCUUGUUUUUCCCCAAUUUUUUUACAUCUGAUCAGAUGAUCAUAACAGAAAUGCACAGAGUGCUGGUGCCAUACUUUCUUGCCUUAUCAGUGACACCCUGCAUUCUUAGCCUUGAGGGGACAUUGCUGGCAGGACGAGAUCUUAAAUUUGUUAGCUUAUCAAUGUGUGGAUGUUUCUCGUUGGGUGCUCUUGCAUUGUUGGUACCAAAGGGUACGGUUUGCCUGGCUGCUGGUACGUACUAGUAGGAUUCCAAUGGGCUCGGUGUUUCCUCGCUCUCCAACGCCUUCUUGCGCCCACUGGCAUACUUUUCUCUGAAAAUUUAAGCCAGCAUAAUACGGAGAUGCUGAAAGCUGCUUAGUCUUUGAAUAUACUUGCCCUCUAUACUGCCAAUAUGAAGCACACUCAGACUCGGGCAUAUAUUAUUCUAGCUGCUGAAGAUCACAUCACAUAAGUUGUCCUUGCCUCAAAUGACACCAAGGAGAUGAAAUGUACUAAUUGAAGCAGUUAUAUAUUAUCCAUAAUAGCAAAUCAUUGUUGCUGGAUUGCAUUUUAACCUUAUUAAAGAAAGCUAUCCCGCUUCUGUAAUGGAAGGAAAACCACCUACCAAUUGAAGUUCA